AUGAUCAAUAUUUUUUGGAAAAAGAAGGCUCCAAUACUGGAGGAAGAGACUGAGCCAGUGUCCCGAAAACCGCCUAACACUGCUUUCAGACAGCAAAGGUUAAAGUCAUGGCAACCAAUUUUGCUACCGCAAAGUGUUUUACCGUUCCUAAUUCUGAUUGCUUGCAUCUUUACUCCUAUAGGUAUUGGUCUAGUUGCUUCGAGCAACCGUAUUCAAGAUUUGUCCAUUGACUACAGUAAGUGUGAUCAAGUGGCUACGAACGAAUUCACAGAAAUACCCAAAAAGUAUGUUAGGCACCAUUUUGAGAAGAAGUGGAAAAAAUCCCCCCAAUGGAGGCUAAAUUACGACGAAGAGAACGACAAUCAGGUAUGUCAAUUGAAAUUUGAGAUUCCAAACAGAAUAAAAAGACAUGUCUACGUCUACUAUAGAUUAAAGAACUUCUAUCAAAAUCACAGAAAUUAUGUUCAGUCCUUUGAUAGGAAGCAACUGAGGGGUAAACCUUUGGAUUGGGAGCAACUGGAUACAAGUUGUAAGCCGUUGAGAGGGACUGGAGAUAAAGCUAUAUAUCCAUGUGGGCUAAUUGCAAAUUCGAUGUUCAAUGACACAUUCGCCCAUCGAUUUGAAUCGGUUGACGACAAUGGUACGAACUACCAUUUAACAAAUAAAGGAAUAUCGUGGAAAAUAGAUCGGAAGCGAUUUAGGAGGACACAAUAUAAUGCAUCACAAAUAGCGCCUCCCCCAAACUGGGCUAAAAGAUUUCCAAAUGGCUAUACGGAUCAAGACAUUCCCAACAUCCAUAGAUGGGAAGAGUUCCAGGUUUGGAUGAGAACAGCUCCAUUCCCUAAGUUCUAUAAAUUGGCUUUGAAGAACGAGUCUUCUCCAUUGCCGGCAGGUAACUACACUUUUGACAUUGGGCUGAAUUAUCCAAUCUCAUAUUUUGGUGGUAGUAAGACAUUUGUACUGACAACCUUGGGUAUACUCGGUACAAGGAAUUUGUCAAUGAGUAUAAUGUUUCUGAUAGUGGCAGGAUUAUGUGCACUGUUUGCAUUGAUAUUCCUUACUGGGAUGACGUUCCGGCCAAGGGUUUUGGGUGACCACUCUCGUAUCAACUUUGACGAGGAUUCUAACACUAACGAAACUCAAAUGGAUCACGAUUUGAUCCAAGAUUUGUCCCCACUAAGGGAAAUUCUGUAA